UACAUUAGGUGUCAGUGGAUGAGCAACACAAUCAGGUGAAAAAGAAGAGCACUAUUUUCACAGUUUGUGAAAAUAUUUAAUUUUUCCAACUGAACUUUCGUCUGCACCGCGUAUUUAAUCUGUAGACUGAGAAGCUCUAAGGUUUCUCUUUAGACCAUGUUACGAUUAGCCUUUAACAAAUCACAUGUGGGUACAACCCAAAGAACCACCUAUUUAUGCACGAAAGUUAUUUGCUCCAAUCAUUCCACGCUUUGCAACAAGUCUGUACGCCGGCAAACUUAUGAUGAGUACGGCAGACCCCAAAGUAAACGUGGUCCGGGUGAUUUGCUAUACCCUCAACUGUACGGAAGAUAUGGCUGGUAUGUACCACCAACUCGUAAAUACGGAAUGCUUGUGGUCAGAAUAUUACGUGGUGCUUUAAAACUACGAUAUAUUGUUCUUGGUGGCGCUAUUGGUGGUGGCGUAUCACUAAGUAAAAAAUAUGAAGAAUGGAAAGAUGGUCUGCCCGACAUGAAAUGGUUGGAGGAUGUUUUGCCACAAGGCGAAAGAUGGAAUAAUUUUUCGAGAAAAUUGAUGGAUGUUGGCAGUGUUAUGAAGGAAGUUGUGCAAAUAGAUCCUAAGCUAAAGGAGCUCGGGGAAGAGAAGAUAGCAGAAUGGAAAAUAUGGUUCGAUAAUCGUCUGGAUGAUGCCAUUGAGGCCGCGGAUUAUCAAGGCAACAAUGCCAGUAUAAUUGAAUCAAAAGAUGAUAUUAAAUCCAAAGCUUCUGUGUCGGCAUUAGGUCUGUCUAAUGAUGACAGUCGUAAAAAAUAUGAGAAUUUGCAAACUCAAGUUGAAACUUUACAAACGGAAAUUAUGAAUGUACAAAUUAAAUACCAAAAGGAAUUGGAAAAAAUGGAGCGAGAAAAUAGAGAGUUAAGGCAGCAGUAUUUAAUACUAAAAGCGAAUAAAAAAACAACUGCUAAGAAAAUCAAAAAAUCCCUGAUUGAUAUGUAUUCAGAGGUUCUUGAUGAACUGUCAGGCUAUGACACAAGCUAUUCCAUGGCCGACCAUUUACCUCGCGUUGUGGUUGUUGGUGAUCAAAGUAGUGGAAAAACGUCAGUUUUAGAGUCUAUUGCAAAGGCACGCAUUUUUCCUCGUGGCAGUGGAGAAAUGAUGACACGUGCACCAGUUAAGGUGACUCUCGCAGAAGGGCCUUAUCAUGUUGCUCAAUUUCGUGACUCGGAUCGUGAAUAUGACUUGAAUAAAGAAUCUGACUUGUCAGAGCUACGCCGUGAAGUUGAGUUAAGAAUGAGAGCUUCUGUUCGCGGUGGCAAAACAGUAAGCAAUGAGGUCAUUUCAAUGACAGUAAAAGGACCAGGUUUGCAAAGAAUGGUUUUAGUCGAUUUACCAGGAAUAAUAUCUACGAUGACUGUUGAUAUGGCAGCUGACACGAAAGACUCAAUUCACCAAAUGACUAAGCACUACAUGAGCAAUCCUAAUGCAAUAAUUUUAUGCAUUCAAGAUGGUUCAGUUGAUGCUGAACGAAGUAACGUGACUGAUCUGGUAAUGCAGUGUGAUCCCCUAGGACGACGCACAAUAUUUGUUUUAACCAAAGUGGAUUUGGCAGAAGAACUCGCAGAUCCUGAUAGAAUACGCAAAAUUCUUUCUGGCAAGUUAUUCCCUAUGAAAGCUUUAGGAUAUUAUGCUGUAGUAACUGGUCGUGGGCGCAAAGACGACAGCAUUGAUGCCAUUAGGCAAUAUGAAGAAGACUUUUUCAAAAAUUCAAAGCUUUUCCACCGACGAGGUGUGAUAAUGCCACACCAAGUAACUAGCCGAAAUCUCAGCUUGGCAGUCUCAGAUCGAUUUUGGAAAAUGGUCCGCGAAACAAUAGAGCAACAAGCCGACGCUUUUAAAGCUACCAGAUUUAAUUUGGAGACAGAAUGGAAAAACAAUUUCCCACGGCUGCGUGAGUCAGGGCGAGACGAAUUAUUUGAUAAAGCUAAAGGGGAAAUCUUGGAUGAAGUUAUCACGCUCUCACAAAUAUCCGCAAAGAAAUGGGAAGAAGCGUUGACUGAAAAACUUUGGGACAAGCUAUCAAAUUAUGUGUUUGAGAAUAUUUACCUGCCGGCCGCACAGUCAGGUUCUCAAAAUUCCUUCAAUACAAUGGUGGAUAUAAAACUGCGGCAAUGGGCAGAACAGGCUCUGCCUGCUAAAUCGGUGGAGGCAGGUUGGGAAGCGCUGCAAAAUGAAUUUAUAUAUUUGAUGGAGAAGGCGAAAAAAUCACCUGACCAUGAUGACAUUUUUGAUAACCUUAAAGGCGCUGUGGUGGACGAAGCGAUUCGUAGGCAUUCUUGGGAAGAUAAGGCUAUCGAUAUGUUGCGAGUCAUACAACUGAAUACAUUAGAAGAUAGGUUCGUUCAUGAUAAAACUGAGUGGGAUCAAGCUGUUAAAUUUCUGGAAACCUCUGUAAAAGCUAAACUGACACACACUGAAGAGACUUUGAAUGAGAUGUUGGGUCCAGGGCAAUUCACUCGUAUAACUCAUUGGAAAUCGCUAACAGAAGAUCAAUCGAAACGACGUUAUGUGAAAUCGGAACUGGAUAAAGUACUGAAAAACGAUGAUAAACACUUACCUACAUUAUCCUACGACGAACUAACGACUGUCCGAAAGAACCUACAGCGUGAUGGCAUUGAGGUCGACACAGACUACAUACGUCAAACGUGGUUUCCUAUUUAUCGAAGACACUUCUUGAAACAGGCACUAAAUCGUGCGAACGACUGCCGUAAAGCAUAUUACUUAUACAGCCAACAGGGUGCAGAAUGUGAGAUAAGUUGUAGCGAUGUAGUCCUCUUUUGGCGCAUUCAACAAGUGAUUAAGGUUACUUCCAAUGCUUUGCGGCAGCAAGUAAUUAAUCGUGAAGCGCGUCGAUUAGAUAAAGAGAUUAAAGAGGUUCUGGAUGAAUUUAGUGAUGACGAAGAGAAAAAGGCACAAUUGCUAACCGGGAAGCGAGUGACACUUGCGGAAGAAUUAAUUAAAGUCCGACACAUUCAAGAAAAAUUAGAAGAAUUUAUUAAUUCUCUUAAUCAAGAAAAGUAACUGUUCACCGCGUGGACGUAUGUCUAGUCCUUAUUUAAAAUUCAUCGAAAUAACUCCAUGAUUCUGACAGGAAAAUAUUAGUUGAUAUUGAUUUGUUCACCAUUGUGAUUUAUUUAUUUAAAAUGCUGUUUUUAUUGUUAGAGCGUGACAAUUUAAAAAAUGAGAACGUGCGUAUUAUCAAAUCUUUGCAAAAAUAAAAAUGGAUGAUUGAACUUA